CCCGUGGGCCGCGUGCGCCGGCUGCUCCGCAGGGGCAACUACGCGGAGCGGGUGGGCGCCGGCGCCCCGGUGUACCUGGCGGCCGUGCUGGAGUACCUGACGGCCGAGAUCCUGGAGCUGGCGGGCAACGCGGCCCGCGACAACAAGAAGACGCGCAUCAUCCCCCGCCACCUGCAGCUGGCCAUCCGCAACGACGAGGAGCUCAACAAGCUGCUGGGCAAGGUGACGAUCGCGCAGGGCGGUGUGCUGCCCAACAUCCAGGCCGUGCUGCUGCCUAAGAAGACCGACAGCCACAAAGCUAAGAGCAAAUAA